UACAAUAACAGCCCGUUAUCCUGCUGUUCAUUUUCAACUCGCAGUUUAAAAACUAUAACGUGAACAGGUCAACGACCAGCUUCAAACAGCGACAGCAUAGUAUUAUCGCCUAGUACUGAGCGAAGAGCUUCGAUUACUAGGUUGUUGUGUGAUUAGAGGGAGCUCGACGUGACGCGUUCGGCUGUGGAUGUAAGACAUAAAGCAGCGUUUCAUUAUUUCUUCAGAGAGAAAGGGGAUGCGAAAGAUGCAUUCAGUUUUCAGGGGAUCCAGCACUCUCAACGCUCCACUCACGUCUGAUUUAACAGAAGAGAAAAGAAAGCAGCUCUGCGGCUUGCUGGGGAAUGUGGAACUGUCUCUUCUCUACAAAGCUUCCGUUCAUGGAUAUCAAGCUUCUGCCUUUCACCAGCGAUGUGACCGUCAGGGUCCCACCUUACUUGUAGCCUACAACCGUUCAGGCUACAUCUUUGGUGGAUACACUAGUGUAGAUUAUACUCAAAGUGGUCAGUAUAUUACAGAUGAGGGCAUAUUCUUAUUCAGCUUUCAAGGCAAGAUCCCUGUGUGCAUCAAAGUUAACAGUGGCUAUAAUGCACGUAUCGAUGACGCUGGAGUGCCCAACUUUGGCCAACAGUUGUACUUUUGCUACAACAAUCAACCAGUAGUGUAUAAUUCUGGAAGCAGUGCAUUCAGUCUUAACACAGCAACAAUGUAUGGAAACGACACUCAACUGAGUGAAUGUGAGGUGUACAAAGUGGAGCAAAGCUCUGCAGUCAGUACUGAGGAGAAGCCUUGGAGGAACGUUCUGUGGACAGCUGAACGAAAAGACAAGCUCAUGGAAAUGGUCAGGAAUCAUAAACCCCUGAUGACGUCUGUGAGUCGGGUCAGAAUCCUAAUGAUCGGUCCUGUAGGUGCUGGAAAAUCCAGUUUCUUCAACUCCAUCAACUCCAUCUUCAUGGGUCGAAUGACUAGCAAAGCCAUGUCAGGAUCUGCAGGAACUAGUCUCACCACACAGUUUCGCACAUAUCCAGUGAAAGACGGUCGUGAGGGAAAGCCGUUGCCGUUUGUGUUGUGUGACACCAUGGGACUCGAGGAGCAAACAGGUGCAGGACUGGAUAUUGAGGACAUCAGCAGCAUUCUUCAAGGUCACGUACCAGACCGCUAUAAAUUUAACCCCAUGGUACCUUUUCAACCUGAUGAGCAAAAGGCCUCCAGACCUGCAUCUCUACAGGAGAAGAUCCACUGUGUGGUGUACGUGAUAGAUGCCACUAAAAUCUCCCUCAUGUCCGACAAACUACAGGAAAAACUUGCUUCCAUACGCAGAAAAGUGAACUCACUGGGCAUUGCUCAGAUCGUCUUGAUGACAAAAGUAGAUGAAGCAUGUCCUCUAGUGGAGAAGGACCUUCAAAGUCUUUAUGUCAGUUCCUACAUCAAGUCAAAGGUGCAGGAGGUGAGCUCUCGGUUGGGUGUGCCGGUGUCUUGUGUGUUACCGGUGAAGAACUACAGUCAGGAGCUGGAGCUGGAGCUCAACUGUGACGUCUUGCUUCUCACCGCUUUACAGCAGAUGCUCCACUUUGCAGACGACUAUCUGGAUGAUGUCUGUUCCAUGGAGGACAAACCCAAAUAAAGUGCUACUGUUAUAUAUAUAUAUAUAUAUAUAUAUAUAUAUAUAUGUGUGUGUGUUAUAUAUGAUAGUAGAGAAUAGAGAGUAGAGAAUAGAAUGUAGUAGAAAAUAUGAAAUAUGUAUAUGGUAUAGGUACAUGUAUAUGGUCAAUUGAGUAAUUUUAUGUAAAUUUUUAACAAUAAUGGUCACUUUAGUUAUUAUACUAUAUUGUGUCAAUAAUUAACCAACCAAUCAGCUUUAAAAAUGUAAUACUGAAAUGGUGAGUGCAUGUACAAAUGACAGUUUUAGUAGAAAACAGUAUUUUUGGGGUGACGAAAAGACCAUUUAGGAAAAACUUUUGUAUUGAAACCGUUAACAUGCACUGUUAACUGUUUGCUAAUAGCUAUUAAACAUUUGACUGACUGAGGCACUGGACUAUGUUUAACGUGCUUGUGAUUUUAAGAUGAUUUGCGAGCAAAGCGGACUGAA